AUGUCAGAACUUCGCAAUCUCGAAACUCUUCCACCAUCUUCUACAACGAAUAAAGAUACAGUAAACGAACAUGUUUCCUCAGGCUAUUCGUUGUAUUGGAAAGGUGAAUAUGAUAAAGCAAGAAUAUCGUUCACAAAAUUAAUCAACGACUCGUCGACGAAUGAUAAGGACGCAGCUCAAUGUUAUAAUGCACUCGGUGCGAUUGAUACUGAACUUGGAAAUUAUGAUGAAGCCAUAGUUAAUUAUCAGAGCGAAUUAAAACUGCUGAAAAACUCCAAUGCUGGUUAUCAAGCUAUCGUUAAAUCUUACAUAGCAAUUGGUACAAUUUACUGGCGUAAAUAUGAGUAUGACCAAGCUCUUUUCUACCAUCAAAAAGCACUUGACCUUCCGUUUGACACUACUUCUCGCCAAACCGAUGCCCAAAUAUCAUCAAUUUAUCAGCGAAUAGCUAAUAUCUAUACAGAUAAAAAUGAAUAUUCUCUAGCACGAGAGUACUUUGAUAAAGCGCUUAAAAUUGAUGAAGAACUUCUUCGAGAUAACCAUCCUAAACUCGGUAAAACAUAUGCAAACAUGGGAGCAAUGUAUAAUAAAAAACAUGAUUAUGAACAAGCAUUAAACUAUUUUACAAAAGCAAGUAAUAUAUGGCAUAGCUCUUUACCAAUAAUGCAUACAUACAUUCAAUUUAUCGAAGGAUGCAUUCAGGACGCUGCCUCCAAGUUAGAUAAACAAUCCAUUAAGUUCUCACACAAUACACAACCUGCUCUAACGGGCACAUCUCCUUUGAUACACUAUAAGUUAUGUAUUGCUCGGCUUGGUUACCAAGAAUACUAUCGUAUUUUAUCUUACCUUCGUGCCGGCUUUGGCGAAAUCCCAUAUCGAACGUGUUAUGGUUACCGACAGUUUGAUCGGUAUCAGCCGAAGUUGGACGAUCUUACUGAAGAAUGGGAUGAUUUCAAUAAACUGUUACUACGUCUUCUGCCCAUUGUUCGUGAUAAAACUAUGGCACAGAUAAAUGAGGAUGGUACAUCAAAUUUCGCAUAUGACUUAUUUAAACAUCUGGACUGCAUCUUGGUAAGCACUUCUGAAAAUGAAUUUUCCUAAAAGUACCGAUCUCUAACGAAUUCUUUUUCAUGUAGAAUGAUUCCAAGGCAAAUGCGCUUUUUCGUUCUGUAUUCAAGCAAGAGAAUGGUGAGUGGCGCAUCAAGAAAAAAAUCGUUGCUACUGGAUUGAGUGAUUUAUAUCAUCAUAUGGAAAGUAUGAGCACAGUAUAUCGUCAGCAUGCCAUUGUUUUACGACUGUUUGAGAUUAUUCGUUAUCAACACAAUACUAGAAGACGUCGCAAAUGCCAAAGAGAUGCACGUGCUCGACAAGUGGCCAAUUUAUUGAUAGACCUGUUUGAUAGAUUACCCGGGGUACGAGCAAGACAAAGCGCUGGACAAGCCGCACAACAAAAGGCUCGACGUGAAGAACAAAUGCAAGCACCGAAUACAAGAGCAGCAGCUAGAGAAGCAAAGAGAAACGAAGCGGUAAAUAAUGCUCUGGACAAUAUAAUCGCAGAUCUUUUCGAAUAGUUUUUUUUCCAACACGAACGGAGUUGAAACUGUGUGAUGUAAAUAUCCGUUCAGUUGAAUAAUCCUGUGGAUUUUGUGGGAAAUAACCAUAUGUGACUGUAACAGAGGGAUGAACUCCAGACGCAAAGGGUGUGGGUGUGGGG